AAGUAUGAGCUAUGAGUGAUGACUGUCUUUGCUCACUGCUUUUUAACUUCAAAUAUAAGUUGAAAUACUUGAAGAUAUGUAUUUAUGUAAGUACCUAAUACAUUUAGGUGCAUACUUGAAUAGGUUCAUUUCAAUAUAUUGUAUAGGUUUAAAUAAUGAUAUCAAUAAUGGAAUAAGUUUAAAGUAGCCCUUCCAAAUUUGAAUGUGUCUUGUGGUUCAAGACUAAACCCUAAUUUGCAUUAUGCAUAGAUUCUCACCAAUGAUAAAUGUACUGACAUCCUUUUCGAGACAGAUUUCUCAUUUCAGCAACACACAGACCAGACAUUCAUUUUGAGCACUGAACAGCAUUUCAAGUUUUGUUGAGAAGCUGCACCUAAUCAAUGAUUCCACGGCCGUUGGUUUUUCAGUUCGCCAGGCUUAUAACAACGACGGCCAAGGCAAGUCGUAAACGGCUCGUACAUCCCCGAAGUAGCGUGUUCCCAGCUACAAUGGACAAGCCGAUAGCGAAGCAGAACUACGACUUUUUCCUGGUGCUGGACUUCGAGGCGACCUGUCAGCCGUCUCCGCGAAUUGAUCCUCAGGAGGUGAUCGAGUUCCCGUGCCUGAAGGUGAACGCGGCCACAUUCAAGAUUGAGUCCGAGUUCCACCGCUACGUCCGACCGGUCCACCAUCCGACGCUGACGUCCUUCUGCACAGAGCUGACCGGCAUCACACAGGAAACAGUGGACGAGUCGGAGACGUUCCCGGCCGUGCUGGCGGCCUUCGAGCAGUGGCACGCCGCCCACGUGCCGGCCGGCACGCGCGCGCUGUUCGUCACCUACGGCGACUGGGACCUGAAGACCAUGCUGCCCAGCCAGUGCCGCCUCAGCGGCGUCGCCGUGCCCGCCUACAUGAACGCCUGGUGCAACACCAAACACCUGGUGGCCGACGUGACGGGCAGCUACCCGCGCGCCAUGGACAAGCUGAUGCAGGAGCUGAACCUGCCGCUGCUCGGGCGGCACCACAGUGGCAUCGACGACUGUCGUAACAUCGCCCGUAUCGUGGAGCUGAUGUGCCGCCGCGGCGGCGUGGUCAAGGAGACCGGCAGCAGCGCGGACGGAGACGCGGAGCAGGGGACGGCGCGCGCCGGGGAGGGCCUCCAGACGUGAUGGGAGGGCGGAGGGAGGGCUGAGGCCAGUAUUGGGGGGGGGGGUUAAUAAUAGCUGAGCCUUUGCAAAGUUUUUUUUUCAGGAUGUAGAUGCUUGCUGUGAUACGAAAUGCGACCAUUUUUAACCGGUGCUUUUGCUUGUUGUGAUAAUCGUACUUGAAUCGCUUUGUCACGUCUUGUGAUUCGUGCGGCGAUGGUUGUUCCUGUCCGCCCUGUGCAUCGCAUCCACGUUUGGACGAAAGAGUCAGAGGAGCAGCUGUACGAGUUAAUUUAAAGUCCUACCUUUCCAGUGAAGUAUUGCAUUUUGUUAGAACCAUGGUCUUGUAUCAAAAAGGCCCACGAACUGUCAUCGACCAUAAUAUUGUUGCCCAUCGCCCAUAGGUAGUCACUGCCUUGAAUCAUUUUUACCCACUGUCUGAAUUGAGAAUUCAUGCUAUAUUUCAUGUGUUCCAUAAUCAACGUGAGACAUAAUUACAACGGUCAACAUUAUGCUCAGAAUCCAUUGGAGGGUUAUAAUUAGCACGAUUGGUAGGGCCCUAUACGCGCCGACUCGUAUGGUGUGUGUGCCUCGCCUCGUAUAACGUGCCAUGUCCUGUGCAUCUGUUGCUUCGACGAUUGUGAAGUCAUCAGUGAUGUUUACUGUAUGUGAUUAACACAACCGCCUUAUCGGGAGAUCGCUUGAAAACGCGACUGGUGAUUAUCAUGCAUUAUAAUCGAUUGUCGUUGAACCGCCGAAGCUUUGAUCGUAGGCUGCCCUGUAUUACCAGGAGAUUAGAUUGACGCCGCGAAACCGCAUCAAUAAAAACCGCUUUUAUACGCAAUGUGA